AUGUACACAAGGUGCGGAACCAUAUCAUCAGCAAGACAACUCUUUGACAGAAUGCCAACCAAAGACAUUGUGGCCUGGACAUCAAUGAUCGAUGGCUAUGGAAUCCACGGGCUAGGCCUCGAAGCUCUAAAUCUCUUCCACACGAUGCCGGAGGAACGAUCAGUCGCCCCGAAUUCCAUAACAUUCCUCAGCUUGCUAUCCAGUUACAGCCACUCUGGCUUAGUACGAGAAGGCUGCACACUGUUUGUCACCAUGAAGCACGUACAGCAUCGAACCGGGUCUAGAUCACUACACAUGCUUGGUGGAUCUCCUGUCCUUGAUUCUGAAGAUGUGAGCCCAUUGGAGCUGGAUCCGUUGGGGCCCAAACACGUUUCCGGUGGCCCGUUAUAG